GCGAAGGUUGCUGGUAUAAAACUAGAGUGUACGGCGCCAUUUUAAGCCUGUGUGUCGCGGUGUGGAGAGCGAGUGAAGACAGAGGUGUGCACUUGGCCGGACAGCCACGGGGGGAAGAGAGAAAACGCGGAGAUUUAAGGCGACAUUUGCAGCGAGACUUACGUACCUCUUCGGUACAGCACCACACGAGACGUCACCCCUAUAGGUGGGACGGGAGUUAAGGAUAACGGGGGUUGGUGGAGGAGGAGGAGGCCAACACCGGACGACAUUGUUUUCAACGAGCGGAGCCUGAACACCGUGAGCAUACGGCUCUUGAAGUACAACAGUGGUUUCUGAACACCGAAUGAUGGCUACUCAAGCUGACCUCAUGGAACUAGACAUGGCAAUGGAGCCAGACCGCAAAGCAGCAGUCAGCCACUGGCAGCAACAGUCUUACCUGGAUUCUGGUAUUCAUUCUGGAGCCACAACUACUGCUCCAUCACUGAGUGGCAAAGGGAAUCCAGAUGAUGAAGAUGUGGAUACAUCCCACGUACUGUAUGAAUGGGAGCAGGGAUUUUCUCAGCCUUUCACUCAAGAUCAAGUGUCUGAUAUUGAUGGGCAGUUUGCAAUGACCAGAGCUCAGAGAGUUCGGGCUGCCAUGUUUCCUGAAACUUUAGAUGAAGGCUUGCAAAUUCCAUCCACACAGUUUGAUUCUGCCCAUCCCACAAACGUGCAGCGCUUGGCUGAGCCUUCGCAGAUGCUUAAACAUGCCGUGGUGAACUUGAUAAACUACCAAGAUGAUGCUGAGCUUGCAACCCGUGCUAUCCCUGAGCUAACCAAACUACUCAACGAUGAGGACCAGGUUGUUGUCAACAAGGCCGCAGUUAUGGUCCAUCAGCUUUCCAAGAAAGAAGCCUCCCGCCAUGCCAUUAUGCGUUCUCCACAGAUGGUGUCUGCAAUUGUUCGGACAAUGCAGAACACAAAUGAUGUUGAAACUGCACGGUGUGCUGCUGGAACACUCCACAAUCUUUCUCACCAUCGUGAGGGCUUGUUGGCCAUCUUUAAAUCUGGAGGCAUUCCUGCUUUGGUCAAAAUGCUCGGGUCACCAGUGGACUCUGUGCUGUUCUAUGCUAUCACAACACUGCACAAUCUGCUGUUGCAUCAAGAAGGGGCAAAAAUGGCUGUCCGCUUGGCUGGUGGUCUGCAGAAAAUGGUUGCCUUGCUGAACAAAACAAAUGUCAAAUUUCUAGCCAUUACCACAGACUGUCUUCAGAUAUUGGCUUAUGGAAAUCAAGAAAGCAAGUUGAUUAUCCUCGCAAGCGGAGGACCUCAAGCCUUGGUGACAAUAAUGCGCACUUACAGUUAUGAGAAACUUCUGUGGACCACGAGCCGUGUACUGAAGGUUCUUUCUGUAUGCUCCAGCAAUAAGCCUGCUAUUGUUGAAGCAGGUGGCAUGCAAGCUUUGGGCUUGCACCUCACAGACCCAAGCCAACGUCUGGUGCAGAACUGCCUAUGGACUUUAAGAAAUCUUUCCGAUGCUGCAACUAAGCAGGUAUAUGAGGGAAUGGAAGGUCUUCUAGGAACCCUUGUUCAACUUCUUGGAUCAGAUGAUAUCAAUGUUGUAACUUGUGCAGCUGGUAUUCUGUCCAAUCUCACAUGUAACAAUUACAAAAACAAAAUGAUGGUCUGCCAAGUUGGUGGUAUUGAAGCGCUGGUCCGCACAGUUCUUCGUGCAGGAGAUAGAGAAGACAUUACUGAACCUGCUAUCUGUGCUCUCCGUCAUCUUACUAGCCGGCACCAAGAAGCUGAGAUGGCACAAAAUGCUGUUCGCCUCCACUAUGGACUUCCAGUUGUUGUAAAGCUAUUACAUCCGCCUUCUCACUGGCCGUUAAUCAAGGCCACUGUGGGGUUAAUUCGUAAUCUGGCUCUUUGCCCAGCUAAUCAUGCACCUUUACGUGAACAAGGUGCAAUUCCAAGACUGGUCCAAUUGUUGGUUCGUGCACACCAAGACACACAGCGCCGCACAUCCAUGGGUGGAACACAGCAACAAUUUGUGGAAGGUGUGCGUAUGGAAGAAAUCGUUGAAGGUUGCACAGGAGCCCUACACAUUCUUGCACGUGAUGUACACAACAGAAUUGUGAUCAGAGGCCUGAAUACCAUUCCAUUGUUUGUACAGCUUUUGUACUCUCCUAUUGAAAACAUCCAGAGAGUUGCAGCUGGUGUGCUUUGUGAACUGGCCCAAGACAAGGAGGCUGCAGAAGCUAUUGAAGCUGAAGGAGCUACAGCACCACUUACAGAGCUGCUUCAUUCACGAAAUGAAGGCGUCGCAACAUAUGCAGCAGCUGUGCUGUUCCGUAUGUCUGAAGACAAGCCUCAAGAUUACAAGAAGCGGUUGUCUGUUGAACUGACCAGCUCUCUGUUCAGGACUGAGCCCAUGCCUUGGAAUGAGACUGGAGAUCUUGGUGUUGAUAUUUGUGCUCCGGGAGAGACUCUUGGCUACAGACAAGAUGAUCCCAGCUACAGAUCUUUUCAUGCUGGAGGAUAUGGGCAAGAUGCAAUGGGAAUGGACCCAAUGAUGGAUCAUGACAUGGGAGGUCAUCAUCCAGGAGCAGAGUACCCAGUUGACGGUCUACCAGACUUAGGCCACGCUCAGGAUCUUAUGGACGGACUGCCACCAGGCGACAGUAAUCAGUUGGCCUGGUUUGACACGGACUUGUAAAUAUAUAUAUUUUCGUUAUCGUCAGAAUGAAUUUGCAUUGUGAUUGGCCUGUAGAGUUGCUGAGAUGGCUCAUGGGGUGGGCUGGUUAUCUCCAGAAAGUGCCUGACACACUAACCAAGCUGAGUUUCCUAUGGGAACAAUGGAAGCUAACUUUAUGUUCUGGUCCUUUUUUUGGUCGGAGGAACAAUACCAUUGGAUUUUGGAAGUGACUCGUACAUCAAGAAUGCACAAGAAUAGUUUGCAAGCUGGAACUUAUCAAAACACUAGCCUUGCUUGUUUUAAAUAACUUUUUUUUUAUUUUUAAUUUUUUUUAUCUCUGUAAUGGUACUGACCUAGCUUGCUUUUCUUAGUAUUUUAGAUUUAUUUUCCUUUCUGCGGUAACAUCUUAAGUCUCUGUAGUGUUCAGUUAGUGCUUAUUGCUAAAGCGGUUUCUAAUUUUUAAGGAUCAAGUAAGUGUAGAACACUAAUUCAUAAUCACUCUAAUUGUAUCCUGAAUAAAGUGGAACAUUGUGUAGCCUUUUUGUAUAAAAACAUAGACUAAUAGAAAUGGUCCAAAAAGUUUUCUUUUAUUAUGCUUAAUAAGCAGAUGGAUCGAUUUUUGAUCAAAGCUUUUAUCUGGGAUAUGUCUGGGUAGGGGCCAGUAAGAACUUAUUUGGAACCUGUAAUGGACAGUUUACCAGUUGCCUUUUAUCCCAAAGUUAUGUACUCUGAGGCCACAGAUGCUUAAUGAAAAUCAUGAAAAUGGCUCAGAAGAAUUAAAGUGGACUUUUAA